CCUUCAACUCUAUGAAUCAUGAAGAUGCUUUAACACUAACAGGAUUUAAUAAUGAAAAGAUUAUAGCAAAAAACGUCACAGUAGAAUCUCGUUUGACAAGAUCCUUGUAGGGCAGCGAUGACAGUCAUUAUAGCCCAUUUUUAUCAUGUAAAAGAAGACUGUGAGUCACGGAUUUAAUCAUUUGAUGAGAAAAUUUGAGGGUUAGGCCAUAGUUUUAUUCCAAUUUUCCUUAUUUUAGUUCUAUUACAAGUUCGGGGACUAGCCAAGUGACUCCCGUAGUAUUGGUACCUGAAAUUAUGGGGUAAUCCUAAUCUGGUACACAUACUACGUUCCGAUGUCCGCCAUCUUGAUUCGCAUACAGAAGGAGUACCAUUAUGGAUUUCAAUAUAAAUCAUCAUGUGUGUCACCUCAUGAUGUCUUUUUUGGUUGAUCCAUCAAUAGAAGAUGACGGCGUCGGAAAUCAAGAUUUAAUUACAAUAGUAGUAGAUCAGAGAUCAGAUUCCCCAUCCCACGUAGAGGAUUCGGAAAGCAGUGAUCUAUCUGAGUCUCAACCCUCAAGUGAGAAUGAAUCUGGCAAUGAAGCCUCAAGUGAGGAUGAAUCUGGCGACGAAUGUUUUAAAUGUAGAAUGAAGUUUUUUAGAACCAUCGAUUUACAGAGACAUUUAAGAUAUCAUGCUAAAAAAACUCAUUCAAAUUCACAAGACAGUUUUUCUCAAAAUUGUAAUAAUUUUGAAAAUUUCAAAACUGUUGAGUCGCCGCCGUUACUACAAAUUUCAAUAAUUGCUGAAUCAGCUUCAGUGGUCCAAACCAGUUUUGAAAAAACUGACGAGUCAUUAGAAAUUUUCCAAGACAGCCCUAAUGAAGAAUCUUCCGUAUUCAAGAAGAAUGGCAGAAAUAAGAUUGAGGAUAUCUCCUCCUUACAAGAUUGUUUUGUGAAUAUUAAAAAGUUAACAAGUUAUGAAAAAUACUUUUUAAACUUGAAUGUUGCAUUGCAUGAAGAAUCUGUUAUCUCAGAGCAUGAUAUAAAUGGAAAUGCCAUAACAAAUCAAAAAAAGUCUGAGAAGUCAGGUGAAAAAAUGAAAAGUGAAAGCAAACAAGCGUCAUCACUUGUACAGAAAAAUUUAAGAGGAAAUCAUGAAACAAAAAAUAAUGACGGUGUCCCAAUUCAUUGUGUCAAGAACCUGCAAUGCUAUAUUUGCCGUAAAAUGUUUACUCGAAAAGAUCAUGUCAAAAGACAUUUGAAGAAUGUACAUAAAUCUAACCCAAAACUAGGUACAAAUGCAAAAGCAAAAACAACCAAGAACGUGCAUUUAAAGAACGUAAAUAAAUCUGACCCAAAACUAGGUAUAAAUGCAAAUCUCAAAACAACGAAAAGGUCAAAAGUACUAGCACCAUUGUUUCCUCAGAAAGAACUAAGAGAAAACCGGAAAAAACAAAAUAUUGGUGGUUUCCGAAAUACUGCUGACAGCGGAAAACAAUGUCAUAUCUGCCAUAAAACAUUCAGUCAGAAACAACACGUCAGAAGACAUUUAAGGGAGGUACAUAAAUUGUUAACGUUGAGUCGAAAACAACAUGUCAAAAGACAUUUAAGGGCGGUACAUAAAAUUUUUUGUAGCACCUGUAACCAGGGAUUUUCCAGAAAGUCUGACUUCAGUCGACACAUGAACCGUGCUCAUAAAAAUGACAAAAAAUUUUCUUCAGAUUUUUUGUGUUACGUAUGUGGAAACGAAUACUCCACGCGUUGGAAUCUUGAAAAACAUAUGGGAAAACAUUUGAGUCAAAUUGGAAAAGAAAAAGUUAUUAUAAAAAACAAAGAAAGGAAUUGUCUAAAAAAAACGAAUAAUGUCGUGGAGAGGUGCAGCAAUGAGGAACCUAUGACUGUUAUUCAAGGCCAUGCUGCAAAGGAGUGCAGCUCUGUGGCGAUUGAGAGUUAUGUUAUUGAAGAUUUCAUUCUCUAUGGUAAAGAGCCACAUAUACAGCUUGGCAACGAGUUUAUUGAUUUGACACACAAAGAAUCACCAACUAUCUCAAAAUCUGGCAACCAUGUUAUCGAAUCGAAUCAAUUUUCUAGCGAAAGCAGCAGCUCUAUCAUUUCUCAAUAUGAAAACCACCAAUGCAGAGAAAUUGUUCAAUUACACAGAGCUCGAAAUGAAUAUGUCUGCAAAUUUUGUGAUAAAAUAUUCAAGCAUAAACCAUGCUUGGUGAAACACGAAAUUAUGAUUCAUUCUUCUAAACCUAUUUGUCCUGACUGCAACAUUGGUUUUACGUCUAUGAAACACUUAGAAAAGCAUUUUGAAAAAUACACAGAAAAAUUAUACCUUGAAUGUGUGAAAUGUGCAGAAAAAUUUUUGAAUGAAAAAGAAUUUCAAACUCAUUUGGAUUUAAACAGAUGCUGGAUAUACUUUUGCGAAAUGUGCGGGGAUUUGUUUCGUUUUCAUGAAUUGAAAGAUCACAUGAGGAGUCACACAGGCGAAGAUUCUUAUUGUUGUAAUAAUCUGAGGUGUUCAAGUCCAGUGAAUAAGGUGCCCACUCGAUGUCACAAUCCCUGCUGAAUAUUUUUUUUCUGAAAUCGAUCAGUCAGUCAAGGGUGUGAUUUGAUAUCUGGGCGUCGCCCAGCCUUGCUGGAUUUUAUAUUAAAUAUUCGGAUAGGCAGUGUGGCACAUUGUGCUAAGCAUUAUGACUACGCGCGCCAUUCGAAUCUGAUGCGUGGAUAAAUAUGUGCAAAAGGAUUGGUGGACCGCCAUAGGGUGGUGGUUCACAUAAACAUAACCGCUGGUGGGUUACAGCUUUCUCUACCAAGUUCAUGCUUCCAAAAACUAAUAACUGCCAAACUAAUACCAUACCCGACAUGGAAUGGUAUCCGGACGAGAGGCCGUGGUUUGCCACCUUAUGGGCUUUCUUCUCUCGUAGGAUAAAUAUGUAAAUAUUAUCCUAUACUGCUAAAAGUACUGAAUUUUUCUGUAUGUUGGUGCCUUUGAGAUUAUUUACUCAUAAAAUUUAGCUUUUAUUGUUAUUUACAAUAUGGUAUCCAUUUUUUUAUUAUUAUUAUAUACGGAAUACUGUAUAGAAUUGUACUAUAUUUUACCGAGAGGAAAUAUGUGAUGAGAUGUUUAUCUUUUUCCCAAGGUUAGGUUUUACUAAACUUAAUUAGAUUAACACUAAUAUUAAUGGUUCUCUACUCUUCAGUUUACUUAAUAACUAGUUUUGCCUUUAUGAGAUUUUAUCAAUUCUGAUUUGAAUAUUGUCAAAUUUUACUCAAAAUUAGUAAAGUUGGCUUAGCCUCCUUGCAGGUAUUCUAAUGCCAUUUCCAAAUAGAUUACAUUUGCUUUGAUAAGCUAAACCAAUGGUGGCGAACCUUUUUCAAUGAAUUGAAGACUGGGCCAUAGAUAUUUGAUCAACCGUCCAUCAAUUAGAUACUUGCUGCAUCAUCUUUUCUUCCACAAGUCAUUAUAAUCAUUGGUUGUUAUUGUGUAGUUUUGAUCUUUGCACAUGCAGCAGUUACAUCAGGACUGAGAUGAUUUCUAGCAGACAACUUUUUGAAUUUAUGUGUGAAGACAUGAAUUUGCAUGCAUAGGCUACAAAUUAUCAAAAAAAAAUCAUGAUGCUUCAGCAAAUAUUUUUCGACGAGUUUGGAAUUUUGCUCAGAAAUGAAUAUAUUUUUCAAUUGAUAUUCAACCACGUUAAUUAAACCUAAUACUGAACUAAUACUGUGGAAGUGCACUAUUGUUAGAUUACAUUCGGGCCAGAAAUUUUAUCAAUUCAUAUCACUGAACUUUAAGUAUGUUUUUUGCAUUAGGUUGUGACCUAUUGAGUCACUUUGUAACUCACAGUUGAGUGGUUCCCCAUCCCUGAGCUGGACUGUGUCCUAGCAAAAGCUUAGUGAAAUUUGUGUUAUAUAUAUAAAAUAUUGUUUCGCUUUUUUCAAAUUGAAUACAAUUUGAAAUUUGUUUGGAUUUAUACUUCUACAACUUUAUUAUUGAGACUUGUGCAGUGCAGUGUAUUUUUUUUUGUCUCGCCCCAUUUAUAAAUGUUAUCUUGACCCAUAAACUCUCUUGUACGAACAGUUUUGCAUACUCCACAACUGUCUGUAUGACUGACUAUAUUAUACAUACCAGUACCCAAAUAAUUUUUUUUGCUGUUCAAUAUUUAUCAAAAGUGGAGCUUGCCAAAAUAUUGUGUUUGAUACUGUACACAAGAUGUUUUUUAAUAUGCAUGCCGAGAAAAUGUGUUUCAUGCCAGUAUAGUCUUGUGCAUAUAUCCAGUCCAAUAUUAAUAAUUGUCAACUUGUUUAUGUUUCUUACCACUAUGAGUCGAUUGAGAAUACAUAUAUAGCCAGGUAUAGCCUAUACCUGUAUAUUCCAAGAUUUUUGUAUUCCUGAAGUAUGAGAACCAGGAUGGCGGACACCACCACCAGGUUAAGGUUAGGCCUUAAUUUCAGGUACAAAGACUAUGAGAGUUACUUGGCUAAUCUUCGAACUUGUAAUAGAACUAAAAUAAGGAAAAUUGAUAUAAAAUUAUGGCCCAACUCUAACGUGGUACACAAACUACGUUCCGGUGUCCGCCAUCUUGGUUCACAUACCUGGGAAGUACCCAAAAUUCCCAAUGACUGAAUUUAUGAAUUGUAAUAACUGUUAACUGUAUCGUAGACACCACUAGACAGACAGUAGGCUAUCGUAUCCUUAGUUUUUGGAACAUAGGGUGUCCAUAAAGUCUCUUUACAAUUUCAAUUUUGUUAUGAAGUCAGUUCUCAAUAUAUCUUAACCAGGUUUGUUGUAAUUUAAUCAGUAAUUGUUUAAGUAUUUUUACUUCAUUUAAUACAUCUGUGAGGGCCAAAACUGUUUGUGGGAUAAAUUUCCUUUGCAAUUUUUUAUGCAAGACUUUAUGGACACCCUUCCCAUCCUAUAUAAUAUCCACUUGCUAAAAGGUUGAAAACUAACUGGCAUAACUUAUUGUACCAGACGUUUCAGCUACGAUACAGAUAACUGAGAGCGAAGAAUUUUAUUAAUGAAAAUGAAUUAUCUUGCUAUUUACCAUAUUUAUUAGUUAUUAUGACUAUUAAUGAAAAUAAAAAUUGAUUAUUUAAUUAUGUUCUUUUUCUUGUUUCAUUACUUUACACAAUGUCCGAUGCGUAUGAGUUUUAUGUCGGAUGUUAAAAAACAAAGAAUGGUGUUGUUUAAUUUGCGUUGGAACUUUUAAUUUUUAUCUCUUUCAUUAAUUGCAAUAAAAAAAUAAUGGGUACUCCUGAAGUAUGCGUACCAAGAUGGCGGACACCGGAAAUUAUGGCCUAACCUGGAACACAUACUACGUUUCAGUGUCCGCCAUCUUGGUAUGCAUACUUCAGGAGCGCCAAAUAAAGAACAAUAAAAUAAAAUACCCGUAAUAUAGUGACCUUUGACCCAUGCCUAUUGAUGCAUGAAGGUGGCUUUAAGGUUUUGUUUUGUAGUGGCAGUGUCAUAAACUUUAAUAUAGUUGUGCGUGCAUAUAGUUGUAUGUACAAUAACGCGACGAUUCACUUCCACUGAUAAUAGCAAAAUAAGUAAUUGGUAUCGUGGACCGAAGCGUCUCUAAACCAUCCAACCCAUAUUCUUCACUUUUAAAAUAGUGCCGUUUUCUUUGAUUUUUUUCUGAAUUUCCAUCCUGUGCUUAGUUAGUGUGCUAGUUCGAAUUUCCUAAUCUUGAUUUGUUCAGGUUAUUAUCUUUUAUCAGCAUAUUCAUGUUAUUUCUAUGUCAUGAUCCAAUAUUUUUUUCUCAGA